ACAGCUGAGUUCAUUCAUUCGGUGGAUGGUGGGUUGGUUUCCUUCUCUCUCUGUUGGGAGGAGACCACAAGAACCAGUGAACCACUCCACUCUUUCUAUCCAUCCCUCGCUUUUCUCAUAUUUCGUCGCACCAAAUUACUCUGAAACAAAAUUUUCUGCUUCUCCUCGAAUGAAAAGGGCGAUCAGCCGUUGAUCAUGGGCUGCUGAAGGCCGCUGGUGCAGGAGUGUUAGUGACAGGUUGGGUGACGAAUUCCCAUGUCAUCUGUAUCUAUCAUUGCGGUCGCUUCCUCUUCUUCCUCCCCCUCAUCCUCCUUCUCCCCCCAGCACUACCAUCAACAACAAGAGACAGUGACAUUAAAGGAAUAGCGAAAAGGGAGUGGGGGACGGAAUCUUUCUCAUCCUGGAUCCUCUUCUAGGGAUAACUCCCAUGAGGAAGGGGUUUUGCCUCAAAAAGUCAAAAUCUAUUCUUUAUUGCAAAUGAACAUCAGAUCAAGGGAAGAAAUGGAAUCUGGACAAUAUCCUGUGCGAGAAAGUGAACCAGAUUGUAAAUAUUAUAUUCGAACAGGUCUGUGUAGAUUUGGAGCAACAUGCCGAUUUAAUCACCCCACUAAUAGGAGCCAGGCUAUUGACGCAGCAAGGCUAAAUGGCGAGUAUCCAGAAAGAAUAGGACAACCAGAAUGUCAGUAUUACUUGAAAACGGGGUCCUGCAAGUAUGGAGCCACGUGUAAGUUUCAUCAUCCUAGAGACAAGGCUGGGAUCGCUGGAAGAGCUGCCCUAAAUGUUAUGGGUUAUCCACUUCGCCCGAAUGAGUUGGAAUGUGCUUAUUAUAUGAGAAAUGGACAAUGCAAGUUUGGAAGCACUUGUAAAUUCCACCAUCCUCAGCCGAACAACAUGAUGGUCACCUUACAUGGCUCUUCUGUCUAUCCUCCUAUCCACUCUCCAACAACUCCUGGUCAGCUGCAAUUUUCCUUGUCGAAAACUACUUUUAUUCCCAGUACACGGUGGCAAAGCCCUUCAGGUUAUGCACCACUGAUUAUGCAUCAAGGAGUGGUCUCAGUCCCAGGAUGGAAUACAUACAAAAGUCAUCCGGGUACAAUUUCAUCUUCAGAAAGUCAACAGUCAUUAGCAGGAAAUCGCGAUGAUCAUUAUAUCCCACACCAGAGUGAGGCAGAAAAUAUGGGAGAUCAAUUGCAUUCCAGUUCUAUGCCUAUGGGUUAUUAUUCAUUUCACAGAGAGAAUAUGUUUCCCGAGAGACCUGGUCAGCCAGAGUGCCAGUUCUAUAUGAAGACUGGGGACUGCAAAUUUGGUUCAGUAUGUAAAUUUCAUCACCCUAGAGAAAGACUUAUACCUGUUCCAGACUGUGUCCUGAGUCCAAUUGGACUUCCCUUACGGCCUGGGGAGCCUCCGUGUAUUUUCUAUUCUCGAUGUGGAAUCUGCAAGUUUGGUCCAAGUUGCAAGUUUGAUCAUCCAAUGGAGGUUUUAUCACACAGUCCUGCUGCAUCAUUGCCAACUGAUUCUCCAGCAGUUCAUCGUUUGUUGGCUUCAUCAUCAGGGACUGGUGCUUUAAAUUUUUCUUCAGAAGGGCACAAGGAGGUGGGCUCCACAAGCAACAGGUGACAAUCUAUGUCAGAGGCAAGACUAGAUACCCGCUGGCGGUAACAACAUUGAGCUGCAGGGAUAAACUAGUCCUCCAAACGUAAUUAUCACAUUUUUCAAUCCGUUGGAGGACAAACAACAGUUUCUUGUAAAUUCAUGUCUCAUGGUUGGAGAUGUACAGAAUUCAGUAUUUAGUCAAAAACUGUUCUUCUGAAGAUGCAGUUCAGUUGACAAGAUUGACAUCUCUAGAAUAGCCGCAUUGUGUAAAUGUGCAAAUUUCACAUUUAGUGAAGCCAAUAGUGAACAUUUUCAUCAUUUUAGACAGCCAUCAUUCUGAUUUUUCUGAAUCACUUUGAUCCGGUGUUCUGAGAAUUUCUUCUCAUGGCAGCCAUUGCCUGGCUCAAUGUUGGUCUCAGAAGUACACCAGGAUUAUUUCCUAACCAAGCUCCAAAUUUUAAUGGUUAUGAUUAAUUUCCUACAUGUCUUCCACGUAAUAUCACUAUCCUUAUUGUCACUCUCAUCAUCUGAACUCCCACAUCUUAUUAUGAGCAUGACUAAUCAUCAUAAUAAAAUUGUUUCUCUUCAUCAUUUCUUAUUUUGCUUCUUCAAUUUCUUGUGGUAUUAGCAAUCUGAAGGGUGCUAAAGGAUUUUACUAUUAAUUCUAUCCAAUCAAACCAGGAACUAGUUUUCUAACUGGUGGAAGGGUUUCUGAAACCUGUCAUUCCAAUUCAACCUAUGAUUAGAAAUUUCGUGUCACUUUUCAGGGACGUGUUUAGGUGUAUGCUCAGAUCAGAUUUUAGAUUGGUUUAACAUAGUUAUGAACUUGGUAGGAAUUUCUUUUAAACAAUAUAACUUAACAGCUUACUACUGAAAUCUGAGAAAUUUACAUUGAAAUGAUUCAUAGCUCUUUAUUACGUGGCUUUGAAAUGUUUCAUGAAAAAGAGGAACAAAUAGUUGUGUUUCCACGAGAAGCUGAUUGUUUAGCUCUUAUUUAAGUAUCAAAGAUGACUGAUCUGAGAAAGAUACUGAUGAACAUUGGAUCAGAGAGCCAAAUCUAGGAGUUGCAGAUGGACUCAUGCAAUUUUUUGGAAUGAGUGUGCCAAAAAGUAAUAUGGGAUUAGCGCGUUCUGGUAAUUGUUUUUAUUUGCAAUUAAGUUUUUGUUUUAUGAAAUACUAGCCAUUUUACAUGUCUCUUCCAUUGACUGCACCAUUUAGUUGAAUUUACUGCUUACUUUUACUGUUUAACUGAAAGAAGUUUUGGCCAAAGAGGCACUCAUCGGUUUCUGUUUUGCAUCUGAAAGAAUUGUGGUGGUCUUAUCAAAAGCUUAACGUGAUGUUUUUAGUGACAGCUCUCAAAAACUAAUUGUUCUAGAGGAUUUUGUUGCAGGUAGUAUUAUUAUUUCCCCUUUAUGUAUUGUAAAAUUAGUACUGAAUAUCUUUUAUUCUUCUCAGACUAUAGCCAUAUAUGCAUUGUUCAAGAAUUGGAAAUUUAAAAUUGUACAAGAAUUGGAUUUAAAAUUCAUUUUGUCGUAUUAGAACUUGUGGCUACCUUUGAAUAGAGGCAAAUAUAAUAGGUUAGAGUCUACACCUUUAAAUAUAUCCCCUCUUGUCCCCCUUGUCGAAUUUAGCUUGAUUAAUUUUUAAUCUGUGUUCAUGUUAUGUCACAUUUGUAUCCCCUUGUCUCCGUGCUUCUUUAGAAAGUGAGGAAAACCAAGGUGGCACACCUUGCAAGCGUGGCUCUUGCAAAGGAUGUGUUACAGUGAAUCAGUAAUGAAACUUUUAGAACCGAAACAAAUUCAUCAUAACGUACUAUAGACAAAUGUGAGCUUCGAACUGUUUCAAUGUUGAAUCAAUUUAUUGAUAUGGAACAGCCAUAGAAGCAAAUAAAAUUACCAAUUACUUUUGGUGAUCUAGUCAAGACUUGGGAUGUUGUAUACCAUGUUAAUGUAACAAGUGACUGUGACAUCCUGUUAUGGGUGCAACCUAAAUUAUCAAGUCCUGUGAGAAAAUGCAAUUCUCAAAGUAAAUUCUAAUGUAACUGAGAUGUGUUAGUCUGAAAUUGUUUAAAGCACGUGAUUGAACCAUCUGACAUUUUAUUUAUGCAACCUUUUUAAAUUCGAAUAUUUCUCUGGGUGUUGUAUCGCCCUCCCCUCCCUCCCUCCCUCCCUCCCUCGAUGCCAUGUGUGUUCUCACCUACAUCAGUAGUACAUAACAAAAAAUGGAAGGGACAUGUUUCAUUGAGACAACUGUCAAGCUAGCCAUUCUUGAUUGGUGUCUGAUUUUGGUAGGAAGGGAAAUAAUUGAAUGGGCAUCUGAAGAGAAAAAAAUUAUGGUUUAGUAAUUAUGGUAUGAAAGGUAAGCAAUCAAGAAUGGAAUAUAUGUUUCUCAUAAUGUAAAGAGAAGAAUGUAUUACGAUUAAGGUUUAGUGAUUGACUGCCCUAUAUAUAGUAGCUAGCGAGUAGUAAUCACGCUAGAAAAUCAGAACAUUUUCAAAUUAUGGUGUACAACAUGGAAAAAUCUGAAAGCUAAUAGAUCUCAGAAAACCAACUCACUUUGAUCCUAUCCUUGAUUGAUUUACAACUCUUUUUGAAUCACAUUUGUUAAAUGGGAUCAAAACUUGUUUUUGAUUUUUUUAAAUUUGCUUUCCACUUCCGUUUCAUUUGUAUCUUGCAGAUGUAGCAUGUUAAUUGGUUUCCUUCUAUUUCAUCUCCGUAUAGAUGAAACCGAAAUGAAUUAAACAAUGUCAUUCGUAUGUUUUUUGUUAAAUAAAUUUACUUCAUUACAUUUGACUUUAAUGGGCUUCGGCUUCUUGAGUCUCUAGUCAUUUGAAACAGCUCCAUGUGUUUGUCAUGUAAGGAUUUGGGGAACUGGGAAACUCCCACGAAGCUUCGUUGAUCUCUUCUCUUGAUAAAUAGGCUAUGUGGGCGGUCCAACCGGCCAUGCAAUGGCUUCUGUCUGGGUAGAAACUAAUACAUUAUCUUGGCCAUAGACAUGUAUAUGAAUAAUCUGUUAUCUUGCUAUUUUUCUGUUUUAAUACGAAUUUGGAAGUUAUUUAUCAAUUUAUUUCUAUUGUUAAACAGCUUACUUUUAUCACCAAUCAUUCUUUUUUUUGCAGAAAUAUUUAGAGUGAAACAUACAUGGAAUAUCUUAUACUUCUGUGUACAUUUUAUUUCCACAAGAAAAUCCUGAGAACUCUAACAAUUUCUGUUGAGUACCAAAUGGUAACAGUGGUUCACACUAAAGACCCAUCUUCUAAUAAAUCCAGAAGUUUUCAUAGAGUUCCCAUUUCCCAAUUCUUGGCCAGCUGUGUCAAUUUAUGUGAUUUCAUGGAAAAUAUGACACUUGCAAACUUAUCUGGUUAUCCCCAACAUCUAGACAAUGUAAAUACAUGACUGUUAACAAUACUAGCAUGGUGGAACAACGGGCUUAUAUUUUUAAAUUUUAUUAGUAUUGGGAAAUUUAGAAGUCUAACAUACCUCCUGUUAAUGGAUCUGUUCUCCUGCAUUUAUUGAUUAUCUAAUCUAUCUAGAUUGCAUAAUAGCGAUAAAAUGAACAUAGUUGUUAAUUCAUGUAGCCGACCUCCAAUUUAUUGGGAAUAAGCAAUAGUGUGUUGGAUUUAGAUUCCAUAGUAUAGCCUGAAUUUUGGUGUUGCUAGAGUGCAUAGUAUAAUAUUUGAUCAUUUUUAGCUACAUAGAUACAUACAUACAUACUAUAUAUAUAUAUAUAUAUUUUUUUUUUUUUUUAAAUGAGAAACAAUAUGACUAUCUUAACCCCAUGUUACAUCACUUUCUUCCAGGUACUUGGUUUUCUUUAGCAGACUCUUGUUCUGCACUGUGUGCUGUAUGGAUAUUUCAGAUAAGCUUUCUAAUUGAGCAAGCUUUAUUGCUCUUUUAAUCACUGCUAAAUACUCAAAAGUUGGGUUCACGGUUGCGUUACCUCAAAGCACUGUGGCGCCUAAUGGGGGCUUACUUUUUUGUUUGCCAAUUUGGAUAAUGAAGUAAGCUGUUACACUCCAGAUUACUCUUUUAUCUUUGAAUUUUUGGUGGUUCUACUUACCAACCAUUUGUUAUCAUUCAUAAAGUUGUCAAGGCAAGAACUCAAGUGAUUUAUUAGGGGUUUGUGAAUGUGAAUUUCUAUCUGUACUUAAAUAGUUAGAUUUAAUUCUACUCUACCUGUGAAUAGGUACACCACUGGUAAAAUGUUAAAUCUUAUUGGUGACACUGUCAA